CCGCGUCCCAUUCUCAUUUUCCCUGCCGUUCUACCUGACGACGUCUCACGAUCAUGCCACUCGAAGCGACCAUGAUAAUUAUUGAUACAUCUGAAUACAUGCGGAACGGCGACUACCAGCCCGCACGCUUCGAGGCCCAGGUUGACGCAGUCAAUACCGUUUUCCAGACCAAGGUGGACUCCAACCCGGAGAACCUGGUUGGGCUCAUGACAAUGUCGGGGAAGAGCCCAGAGGUACUCGCGACGAAUACCAAGGAGCAGGGCCAGAUCCUGAAUGGCCUGCAUGCGGCCCAAAGCAAGAUUGGUGGCGCAUCAGACAUCCCCACAGCCAUCUCUGUAGCGCAACUUGCUCUGAAGCACCGACAGAACAAGAACCUCAGGCAGCGCAUCAUCGUCUUCAUCGGCUCACCGCUUGUUGACCAAGGCGCGGAUGAGAAGAACAUGGUCCGCCUUGCUAAGAAGCUGAAGAAGAACAGCGUUGCAGUGGACAUUGUAGCAUUUGGAGAAGCUGUCGAGGACGCCUGCGCUGGCGUGCUGAAGGCGUUCAUCGAGAACGUAUCCCAAGGCGAAAACUCACAUCUUGUUACAGUAGCACCAGGGCCGCACCUCCUCUCCGAUAUGAUCAUCUCGUCACCCAUCCUUGCCGGGGACCGCGGCAUACCAGAAGAGAUUCUUGCUGAGACCGGCGGCGCGGCUAGCGGAGCUGCUGGUGGCUUCGAGUUUGGCGUGGACCCGAGUCUCGACCCCGAACUGGCCAUGGCUCUCCGAAUGUCCAUGGAAGAGGAGCAAGCACGGCAAGCCGCUGCGGCGGCGGCCGCCGCCCAAGCUGGUCAGGGCAGCACUGCUCAUGAGGGAGCUGCUGUGCAACCUCCAUCGGCACCAGAAUCCACCACGGUGCCGGCUGAGCCAGCGGAUGACGAGGAAGAGGCAAUGCUUCGGCAAGCACUUGCCAUGUCGCAGGGCCAAGAUGUGGAAAUGCAAGGCGAUGGCGAUGAAAAUAUAUCCGAGGAAGAGGCGAUUGCAAGAGCGAUUGCGAUGAGCAUGAAGCCGCAAGAAGAGCAGCAGGACAGCAAGGACAAGAAAUAAACAGUUCCCUCUUCUCCACGAUUCUUCCCAGCCUCGCUUGUCGUAUGUCAUGUAGAUUUAUCAUUCUUUCCCAGCAACCAC